AUGCUCGCCUCCGUCGCGCCCGCGCGCGCGUCGCGCGUCGCGAUCGUCGCGCGCGUCGACGCGCGCCGCCGAAGAUGCGCCGCACCGCGCGGACGAAUCGUCGCGGCGAAGCGCGACGACGACGCCGACGGCGCGUCGAGCGCGCCGAAGGGGUUCCCGCUGAAGGGAUCGUCCUCGCCCGGCGGCUCGCGCGGACCCGGGGCGGCGCCGCUGCGCAUGGAGACGACGGAGCAGAGAAAGUUUGGGUACGGCGGCGACGGGCAACCGCCGCGCGACGACGACGACGACGAGGAGGCGUGGGACGACGGAUGGAAUCCCGGCGACGAGGGACAACCGAGCGCGUGGGGGUUGGUAAUUCUGUUGGUCAUCGGAUCGUGGGCGCUGUGGGAGUAUAAACGACCGGGAGGGUCGCUGAACCCGGAGACGAAGCGAAGGAAGCAGCGCGCGAGGUACGAGCGCGCGUUCAAGGCCAAGUACGGGUACCUGCCGGGCGAACGACCGCCGUCGACGGGCGCGACGGGGUCGAUCUCGGGAUUGGAUUGA